CCUCGAGCAUAUGCCCCUGGCUACAUACAGAAUGGUGCGACCGGACUUCCAUCACCUGGAGCGGCGCCUCUGCUGCCCAACCAGGGUCGUAUCAUCCAGACGGGGCCCAUACGUAUCCUUUGCAUUGCGGACGUUCGAGGAAACUUGCGAUCGCUCAACGAACUUGCAAAGCAAGCCCAAGCCGACCACAUUAUCCACACUGGCGACUUCGGAUUCUAUGAUCAUACGUCCCUGGACAGAAUCGUGGAGAAGACCCUGAAGCAUGUUGCACAGUACUCACCACUGAUCUCCGAACCGGUCAAGAAGGCUAUCCAGCAGGGUGGACCCGGCUCUGUGAAGUCCAGAUUCUCUGCGAGCGAGCUGCCCCUCUCCGAACUUCCUCUUCUGCUCAGCGGAGAGCUGAAACUCGACGUUCCCGUCUAUACCGUCUGGGGUGCCUGCGAGGAUGUCCGGGUUCUUGAAAAGUUCAGAUCGUCCGAGUACAAAGUUCCCAACCUCCAUAUCAUUGACGAAGCUCGCUCCAUGCUGCUAGAAGUGGGCGGUGUGAAGCUCCGACUCCUUGGUCUUGGUGGUGCCGUGGUUAUGCAUAAGUUAUUCGACAACGGAGAGGGCCGCACCACCAUUGCAGGAGGACAAGGUACAAUGUGGACGACUCUGCUACAGAUGGGAGAGCUGGUUGACACUGCUCAUCGCGUCUACGAUCCUACCGAAACCCGAGUCUUUAUCACGCACGCUUCUCCUGCUCGCGAGGGUAUACUGAAUCAGCUCUCUGUCACUCUGAAGGCGGACUUUUCCAUUUCAGCCGGACUUCACUUCAGGUACGGAAGCUCCUACAACGAAUUCAGCGUCAACCCUACGCUUGACCAUUACCGUGGGAAGCUCGCCGCCUCGAAAGCCUCUUUCAACGACGUCUGGGAAACUGUCCGGUCAGAAGUGGAGCCGGCGAUCCAGCAGAACGAGGCCCAGCAGAACCUGCUGAAGAACGCCCUGCAAAUAGUAGAAAAGAUGCCCUCGACGGCUGCUGGUGGAAAUCCUUUCGGGGGCCCCGGUCAGGGUGUUGGCGCAGUUGACGAGAGCGCUUUCAAGAACAUGUGGAAUUUCAACCUCGCCGAUGCCGCUUUUGGCUAUCUGGUUCUGGAAAUCCAAGACGGAAGGAUUGGGACGGAGAUGCGUGCUCAGGGAUUCAACUUUUCCCACCGAGGAGCCAAGCAGCAGUCAUCUGCUGCUCCCACAUCAACAGCCGCUGGCGCUCCAACGAGCGCGGCGGCUUCUGCUACGCCCACCGCACCUGCUUCUAAACAAUCCCCAUCAGCUCAACCACUGAAGGCCGUUCCCAGUGUUCCCGCUCCCGCGACAACGAACCGACAGACCCCCCAACCCACCACGGGCAGCGGCCCAGCUGCUAAGGACGCUGACAAGGCAGCAGCUUCGACGAAUGGAUCUGCAAACGCCCCCGAACCGGCCACCUCGCCGGCCCCCAAAACCUCGGCAUCUGAUAUCAUUGGCCUUUUCAUUAUGAAUGUGAACACAGAGGAGCAAUGCCGUGAUCUGUUUGAUGAGGCGGACAAGGCCAAGAUUCUCAAGAUUGAGAAAUGGGGUGGCUCAAACAAGGUCGUUCAGUUCCGAACAAUCGAAGACCGCGAUGCAGCCAUGGGCAGGUUACCAGAGUCUGUCAAGACGCGGACUACGGAGGAUCGGUCAAAACCCCUGGUUAAGAUCUUUCACCAUCGAGAAGGCAAGCCUUUCAACAGCCGCGGCAAUGCCGGAACCUGGGGUGGCAGCGGACGAGGCGGAACUGGCACGAGCGGAUAUCGCAGCGCCGGCGGUACUAGCGACUCCGAGAGCAACCGGCGAGGUGGCCGCGGAGGCCGUGGAGCUCGGGGUGGCGAGCGAGGACGCGGAUCCCGUGGACGAGGAGGUCUGAAGGGGGAUACGGGUGCAUCACCUGCGGCGACACCCUCU